GUGUCUAGGGGACGCAGACAACUCCUUCUCGUCUGGAACAGCUCCAAGCGGGCGUAGUUCAGCCUGGUACUUCAGUCAGUGCUUGUCUGGUUGUUUGUGUGAGAAGACUAGCAUAGAGAACAAGUGAUCGGCUUUUGAAAUUGUCUCAUAAUACGUAAGAGCUGCGUCCUAAGGACAGUGUCAUUCUGCUCCUCGGUUGGAAUCGGCUGCCCAACCGUACCAGGCUAAUCUACCAUUUCGUUUUGCCCUCCAAACUCUUCCUUGAAGACUUUCCUCGUGUAAAACUUCAGGUGCUUAGUCCUGACCGUCAUGGCAGCUGCAAAGCCAAAGGGACAGAACUCCCUGGCCCUUCACAAAGUGAUCAUGGUGGGCAGCGGAGGAGUGGGGAAGUCUGCCCUCACUCUGCAGUUCAUGUAUGACGAGUUUGUGGAAGAUUAUGAACCAACCAAAGCUGAUAGCUACAGGAAGAAAGUUGUGCUGGACGGGGAGGAGGUCCAGAUAGACAUCCUGGACACAGCGGGACAGGAGGACUAUGCCGCCAUUCGGGAUAACUACUUCCGCAGCGGGGAAGGUUUUCUCUGCGUCUUCUCUAUCACCGAGCUCGAGUCGUUCGCAGCAACAGCAGAUUUCAGAGAGCAGAUACUGAGAGUGAAGGAGGACGAGAAUGUACCGUUCCUCCUGGUGGGGAACAAGUCUGAUCUGGAAGACCGGCGACAGGUGAGCGCUGAAGAGGCCAAAACACGUGCUGAGCAGUGGGGCGUGUGCUAUGUAGAGACCUCUGCCAAGACCCGUGCCAACGUCGACAAGGUGUUCUUUGACCUGAUGAGAGAAAUCCGAGCCAGGAAAAUGGAGGACGGCAAAGAGAAAAACGGAAAAAAGAAAAGUAAAAGUUUGGCUAAGAGAAUUAGAGAGAGAUGCUGUAUUUUAUAGUGGCUGGGUGCAGCAACGACUGCUGGUGUACAUAAAACAUUUAUCUGGUUUUUGCAUUUGAUUUGUGCCUGGCCGUUACUUUUGGUCCUGUGUCAGAAGUAACCGAUUGGGCAGGAGGUCAGUGGCACUGGCAAAUUAUACAUUUUUAGAUUUGGCAGUCAAGGGACACUAUAAAUUGUUCUACUGAUUGUUUAUUCUAUGACAUUUCAAAAAACAUCAACCUGCAGCCUCUGUCUCUAGGAGUAGGGCCCCCGAAGUAGGAAAAUGCACAACUAGAAGUGGCUGUGUGGCUUAUGUUACAAAGAAAAAUUGUAACAUUGUUGAUACAUAUUAUAAUGAUGUACAGGAAGACUGAGACAGUGGUGGGGUAGGGAGUUGCCAUGUUAUUUGACACUGAUCCUGGGAUUCAAAAUCCAAAAUAUUAUGACUGUAUCAGUGAAUAGGUUGAAAAUUCGAUAAAAAUAGUGUGAAAAAGAAAAUCCCUCAUAGGACAUGAGCUGAAUAGCAUGGGUAUUUGUGCAUCAUUUAAAAGUUUUUACCAUGUGAUGUAUAGUAAAUUAUUUACUAAAGAAAAAGAUGAAACAUAUAAAUCUUCAUAUUUUUUGCGAAGGUGUCAACUCUUAGUUGCCAUGCACAAAAGCACACUAAUAUUAUUCUUCCCAUCUAAAGAUUCAUCAACUCCCAUCCAUUUAGAUUUGUAUUCCUGCACUCAGUGGAGCAAUGGACUUUGGUGUAAUCUUUUUAAAGUAUAUAUUUCCGUCUAACAUUUCAUCUUUUCAUUGGAUGUGUUCUCAACAGUACUGAGAUGAUGAUUACAUAAGAAAUCAUAUGCACUCAUUUUUUUUUUUUUUGCGGGGGAGGGGGGGUAGCUCCACUAAUCACAGUCUUUCCAUCACUUUUCUCUUGAAACCAUCUCAAAGUGCUCUGGUCUCUCAGCCUGGACUUUUAUUUCUACUUUAAUAGUGAAAAGCUUUGAAAGCAGAUUAGGUCCUGCCUGCCUACUAGUAAUGGUAGUAAUUAGGCACCAAAGACAGACCAAGUGCAGAUACGUUCAGAGCCUGGUGUGUGUCACAACUGUGUUUAAUAUAAACUGUUUAUGUUGAUCGGACGACUGCUCAGUGACUCAAAUGCAACCUUUGAGUGGUCGUGUAGGGUUAGUGGUUGUGAGGGCUUUUCUGCCUCGAAUGCCUUGAUGUCCAUUGUGAAUGUGAACAAGCAGACUAGAGCCCCUCUACCCAUCUCCUUGGUCACUACUACUAGAUAGCCAAGAAUAUGCAAUUCUUUGGUGAUGUGUUAGAGAAUUGUUCUAUAUCCAUACCUAUUCCAUUUGAUUCCUGUGAACCAUUUGAUCCAUUCUGUCAAUUGUCUAAAGAAUUGGGUCCUAUUCAUUUCUGAUUUAUUGUUGAGCACUACACUACUGGAACCACUGUCAUAAAUUUGUAUUUCAGAUUGGGGAACAAUUUAAAGCCUCUAGAUGCCUUGGCUGUCACUGUUUAAAUUACUUAAUUCUGUUUCCCUCAAGUAGCUGCUGAAUAAGGCUUUAAGAGCCUUCUUUGAUUAAUCAUCCCUAUUUUUGUAUAUGAAUAUGUAUAUGUAUGACACAUAUUUAAAGAACCCAGUUAUUGGGAAGUUCUACUACACAUACUCACCAAAUUACACCACAUCCGUGUCCUUCGUCAUAAGAACACUAACCUACUGAAACCUGAACAACUCAGAAGGGCUAAUCCCUUGGUUCAAACAUUGACUUUAUUUCAAAAUACCAAUAUUUCCUUUGACAGAGGAUGCAGUUAGCCCAUGCUGUGCUUUGUGUACUAUUACUUGCAUCCAUGGUGCUAGCUUAUUUUUCUCACUCUGACAUUAAUGAUGUGUGUUCAAGCAUGUUCUAUGAGUUUGAGUAUGAAUGUGUCAGUUUUGUCUUGUAGCUCCUACACAACUUAAACACGUGGUCUGUAAAACAUAUCAAUACUCCCUGUGCUGUUUGGAUUGCUUGUCUUCAUGUAUCACAGUGGAUUCUGUCAAGUCUGACCUGGCUAGGUAGGACCUGUUGGAGCAAGACUGUGAAUACGGGAAAUAGAAAAACGUUUUUUUACCAAACUAAUUGGUGUGAUGUAAUAUUCAGGCUGCGGGUAUUGUUUUCUUUUUGUAUAUAUAUUUUUUUAAUACAUUUAUUGCCUUUGAUAUAAUUUAACUAACUUUACAUUUGUGUUAUUUAUCUCUGAUUUAGUCUGUCAAACCACACAUCCUUCUUGGAUGUGAUGUUUUAUGUAUCCUGUAUUGUUUAGUUACUGUCGUGUCCAUGUUUACUACUUUAAAAAAAAGAACCACUAAUGUAUCUAAACGUGACUGGGUACAAGGGUUGAAAUUGCAUAUCAACUCUCAUUCUCUUGUGAGCUAAUGGAAAGACAAAUAAAGUGAUGUUUAAGACA